AAAUGUAGCAUUAAUGAUGCUUAACCCCUUCAGCCCCUGCGUCCAUUUGAAUGGACAUGACAUAUUUGUUGCUCUAAACCAAUAAAAACACAGUGAAUGAGUCAUGUCAGCAUUGCUGAUUGCUAAUUGGAUCCUGAUUAUCCAAUCUAAUCAAUUCAUGACUUUGAGCAUGCUCAGAAAACGUGGGACACCUCAGACAAGACAAGCAUAGCUGAGCAAUUGGUGAGAGGGAAGAGUAAGUGCCCAGUUUCUAUCAAAAGUAUCAAUUUAUGGCCAUGCUAGUCAAACUAAUUUGUUCUUAGAAUAAUCUUAACUGUUACAAGUGAUAGUAUUUCAAGUUAUUUUGAUUGCAACUUUUAUCACCAAUUAGUAGUAUUUUUUUAAAGUUUAACGUCCACUGCAAUGGACAUCAGGACUUUAGUGAUAUUAGCCAUCACCCACAUGUUUAGUGUCAGUAUGCAAAGAAACAAUAUAUAUGUAGGCUUUUCAAAGCUAAAUUUUACUAUGACAGUGUAUUUAUUCAUUUUUUUAUAAUGUUAAAUCUAUAUAUUUUUUGUAUAUAAUGUUCUUGUAGAGUAUAAAGUUGAAGACUUUUUGGAACGUCUCAUAAAUGGAGAGUUGUCUGAACUCGACUCCUUGAAUUCAGGAAAUGAGUCAGAUGAGACUAGUGAUAUAGAUGGUGAGUUCAUAAAUUAUGCUUUUAAUUCACAGUGUAAGGUUUUUAUCAAUUUCAUGUCUUAUAUGUAAGAUAAAAGUUGCAUGGAAUGUGUAAGAUAAAGAAAAGAAUAAGAUAAGAUAAUUGAUAAUAGCAAAGAAAUGCUAGAAUAGAAAAUAAUACUAAUAAGAUAAUGCAUAAAAUGAGUUAAAAAUUUGAUUGCUUUGUUGUUAGAUUCAGAGAGGGACAGUGGAGAGGUGAUCAUGCCAGAAGAACUUGAGGUGGCAGCUGAGUGUGAGAUAGAGGAGAGAGGCAGUUUGGUGGCAGAGGAUCAGGAGGAGAUGUCAGUUACUAAGAAGGAAGAAAUCAAGUGGCGUCACAGGCCAUUCAAAGAGAUGGCUAAAAAGCCACGAGGAAGCUAUGAUGAAGUUGUAAGCUGUGAUAGAAAGGUGGGACUGGUCAAAUGGUAUGACAACAGACCAGUUGUCAUGGCUUCCAACUUUGUUGGUGUUGGCAGACAGGAUGAAGUCCGGCGGUGGGACAAAAAGAAGGCCCAGUUUGUGAUGGUUUCCCGUCCAGAGGUUGUCAAGCUGUACAAUGAAGCAAUGGUUGGUGUUGACCUGCUUGAUCAACUCGUCAGUUUGUACCGCACAGAAAUCCGGUCAAAAAAGUGGACUCUGAGAAUGAUCACACAUGCUUUUGACCUUGCUGUUGUCAACAGUUGGUUGGAGUACAGGCUGGACUCCAAGAGGGCCAAUAACCCAACAAAAGACAUCUUGGAUCUUCUUCAUUUCAAGAUGAAUGUGGCCCAAUGUCUGGUGAGAGUUCAAAAAACAGUGGCAUCAAAACGUGGAAGACCCAGUAUGUCUCCGGAACCACAGAAUGCCCCUCACAGACCACCUCACCGGCCAGUUCAGGAUUCAAGGCCUCUACCUGAAGUUCAGUAUGACAUGGUUGACCACAUGCCAAAUUAUGAUGAAAAGAAAGAGGCCACCAGAUGCAAGAUGCCAGACUGUACCGGAAAAACACACGUCUGCUUCAAGGCUGCUCACCGAAAAUGAGUCCAUGGAAACAUCCAGAAGUGUGAUGUCUUCUGCAGGGCACAUUCCAAGUGUCCAAGUAAAUGUUUGAUCUGUUCAUUGGCCUGCUUCUAAAAAUAUGUAUGGUUAUCUUUUGGAAAUGAUACUCUACUGGAGGCAGAACUGGUUCUCUAUAAUCAUAUAUCUUUCAACUUCAUGUUUAGAUUGCUUCAUAGCAUCUUCCUCUCAUCCAGCAAGUUUCUGAUUUUCCUGGUGAUUAGCUUAUUGCUGUUCACAAUCAAUGCUGGAAUACCUUUGUAAAGUUCAUUUGCAUGUUCAAAGUUGCAGACAAUCUCGCAACUAUCAAUCAGUCAAUCUUUUAUUGUCUCUGUUAUAAGUAUGACAAUAUUUUGUUCAGAGCUGAUACUGCAAAGUAAAAGACAUAAAAUGCAAAAAUGGUGCAAUAAAUGCAAAAAUGGUGCAAGACCCUUCUUUAAAUCCCUUUAUGUAGUAGUCUGUAUGCAGACAUCCAGUAGUUUAGGUCAUACCUGAUUAAUUACAAGGUAAUAACAUUUUACGCUCGUUUAGUCGUGGCGUCCAUUGCAAUGGACAUUAAAAAAUACUGGUAUAAACAUGAGUUGGCAAAAAAAACAAAAAUCCACUUUGUUUCUAUGUUAGAGAGAACCCAAAAUCAGUUGGACAAAAAUUUUUUUGCCCAGCAGAAAAAAUGCAGGUCUGAAGG